AAUAAGUCAUCUUCCCUACUCCUCCCCAACACAUAUGAAACUAUAAAGGUCCUUGAAGCUCAUCCACAAUAAAGAGGCAAGAACAUUGCAUGGAAGAAGCUUAAGGAACCCAAGCAUCCAGUCUUCUGGCCACUAGGCUCAAAGUUCUUCCAAAGAACAAGUACUUAGGAGACCCAAGUUUCUGGAAACUCUAGCUUUUAUCUCUUCACCUUGAACUCUCCUUUCUCAAGAAUCCUGUUCUUUGCCUUCUAGAUCUUGGCCACAACUGGGAUUUGGGUAUCUUACUUUCCAACCACAACAAGACAGAUCAAGAUGUACAAAGGACACAUUAUCCUUAAGUGUUGGCUACUAUUGCAUCUCCUACUUUUAGAAACUGGUGUAACACCCAGUGCGUUUAGCACAACAGGCACAACUUCUGGUGGGACCAGUAUAAUCUCCAGCACUAAAUCCAGCACAGCCUCUGGUGGAACCAGUACAAUCUCCAACACUGGGUCUAGUGUGAUUUCUAGUGGAACAAGUAUAGCCUCUAGUACUGUAUCCAGCACAACCUCUGGAGGGAACAGCACAGUCGCUAAUACUGGAUCGAGCACAACAUCUGGUGGGACCAGUAUAGUCUUCAACACUGGAUCUAGUGUGACUUCUAGUGUAACCAGUAUAGCCUCCAGUACUAGAUCCAGCACAACCCCUGGAGGGACCAGCAUAGUUGUCAAUACUGGAUCCAGCACAACAUCUGAUGGGACCAGUACAGCUUCCAACACUGAAUCCAGUGUGACCUCCAGUGGUUCCAGCACAACCUCCAAUACUGAAUCUAGCACAACCUCUGGAGGGACCAGCUCACCUGUCAACACUGGAUCCAUCACAACAUCUGGUGGGACCAGUACAGCCUCCAACACUGAGUCCAGUGUGACCUACAGUAGUUCCAGCACAACCUCCAAUAUCGAAACUAGCACACCCUCUGUAGGGACCAGCAUACCUGUCAACACUGGAUCCAGCACAACGUCUGGCAGAAAUAGUACAACCUCCCAAACUAGACCCAGUGUGACUUCCAGUGGGUCUGGCAUAACCUCCAAUACUGAAUCUAGCACAACCUCCAGAAGGAGUAGUACACCUGUUAAGACUGGAUCCAGUGAAGCCUCAGGUGGGACCAAUAUAGCCUCCAACACUGGAUCCAGCACAACUUCUGGUGGCACCAGCAUGCCUGCCAAUACUGGAUCCAGUACAACCUCCAGUGGGAUAAGCACAGCUGCCAGCUCUGGAUCCGGUGAGAUCUCCAGCAGGACCAGUGUAGCCUCCAACACUGGAUCUAGUGUGACUUCCAGUGGGACCAGCACAGCUGCCAACAUUGUAUCCAGUGCAACCACAGGAAGCUCUGGCACACAUUCUCCAACUGGAACACACACAACUUCCAAUGGCACGAGUGCUACUACUCCAGUGAAUGAAGUGACACCCAGUGGGUCUCUGAAACCAUGGGAAAUCUUCCUCAUUACUCUGGUCUCUGCUGUAGUGGCUGUGGGAUUCUUUGCUGGGCUCUUCCUCUGUGUGAGAUAUUCCCUGUCUCUGAGAAACGUCUUUGACACAGCUGUCUACCGCCCCCAUGGCCCCAACCUUGGCAUGGACCCCGAAGGGUAUCACGGAGUCCACUACAGCUCUAGUUGGAGGCCUAACUGGUUCUGGAGGAGACCAGUGUCCUCAAUAUCCAUGGAGAUGAGAAGGAGAUACAAUGGGCCCUGAGUGACCCCUGAAGCCAUAGUGCCACUUUUUUUCAAGGAGAAAGUUGACCUGGGAGGCCAGAGACUUCAGUGUCCUUUCAUUUGUCCCCAGGAGUCCCCUCCCAACUUUGUUUGGGUCUUUGACAACCUUGAGGAAGACAGUCCCUCUCUCUUGAUUUUAACAGGCUGUGGAAGGAGGAGAUUCUGUUGUCAUUUAGCUAAGAAAUAAACACAUCAAAAAUAUAUGACAGAGAGAAUCUGUGUGCACAUGAGUGGAUGUCUACAGUGCUGAAUUGAAUUUCCCAGUUCUGUGAGAAAGCUCCCAUGCCAGAACCCACCUGGCAUUCAAAAUCUCCACAGCAAGAUCCAGAGACCUCAUUCCUACCUGUCCCCUUUCUCUAAUCUUUAUUGCCCCAAGCAGGACCCCUGUGUUUCUGAGCCUCACCCAGAUUGACAGAAGAAUUGAAUUGGGAGAGAUGAGAAGGGAGGGCAGGUGCCAGGAUUCUAAGGAGUCACUGUAUUAGGUCUCUGGUACACAGAGGUUAUGUCAUAGCACAUAGAGAACCCAAAGCAUGAUGAGGUGGAGAGAUGCAAUUACAUGUGCUGUGGGGCAGGACAUGUUCACUCAAAGUCGUAGUUUCCACGGCAUUUAAAUUUGCCCUAGACCAGGGUUACUUUUCAGAAUGAAGGUGCGAGUUGACACUUUUCCCUUUCACAGUGCUCUUUUCAGAAGCAGAAAAGUGAAAGACUUUCUAAAUUUAUCCUUUCUGGCUAAGGUCUAACCUUUCUAGAGGCUCAUGGCAGAGUAAUCUGGGGUAAAGCCUGAUAUUCUCAUGAGUCCUCUUCCAGAAGGGCGGCACAUAUCUCUUUCAUGGGUGCAAGGAAGAAGCCUGUUUCUACAGGUCUUGGAGGACAGAGGGGAGCUACUUUGGAAGGUUGAAUUUCUCCAAAUCCACAAGGCAUUGAGAGAACUCCCACCUGGGACAGAGCCCUCAGAGAGAAUGAGCAGUUUGUUGGGAGAUUCACCCCAACUUGUAGUAAUGGAAACCGCUCUGCCCUCUAAUACUUACUGGGUUUCUUUAGUGUCAGCAAACCAAAUCAUCCUAAUCAAUGAGGCCACACUAAGCCCUAUGCAGGCCCAUCAUCAUCGUUGUUGUCAUCGUUGUCAUCAUCAUCAUCAUCAUCUCAUGUAAAGGGAUCCAGCACCAGAAGGAGAAGUUGAGGGUUGAGGACCCUGAAAAGGUGCCUCCCACUGGUGUGAACUGUGGAAAGCAUACUGUGAAUAGAAAAUAAAUGAUAACACUAAGUGAAAUAAGGCAAUCAGGGAAAGACAAAUAUCAUAUGAUUUCACUCAUAUGUGGAAUUAAAAAAAAACAGAUGAACAUAGGGGAAAGGAAGGAAAAAUAAAAUAAGAUAAAAAUAGAGAAGACAAACCAUAAGAGACUCUUGGAUGUAGAGAUUAAAGUGAGGGUUGAUGGAGGGAGGUAAUGGUGGGGGAUUGGCUAAAUGGGUGAUGGGCAUUAAAGAGGGAACUUGUUGGGAUGAGCACUGGGUGUUAUGUGUAAGUGAUGAAUCACUAAAUUCUACUCCUGAAGAAAAAAAAAAAAGAACAAAGAAAGAGAGAGAGAGAGAGAAAUAAAAGAAAAAUAAAGAAAGAAAGAAAAAAGAAAUGAGACCAGGCAAGGGAAUCCAUUUAUAUAAUUAAAAGUUCUAAACAUGCAUUUUCAAGUUUAAAAUUGUAAUGGACAAAUGGAAAGAGACUGGCCACUGUUGGGAAUAAAAUUAAUAACCUGGAAGAACAAGUGGGAAAAAUAACUCAAUUAUACACAACAAUAAAGAAAUGAAAACCAUCCAGACAAUAGAAGACACUUAGAGAAUAGAUUUAGGAAGACUAACAUGCAAGUAAUAAGGUUCAAAACAAAGGA